AUGGCACGCUUUACACAGCUUGCCAUCCUUUUGGCGGCAGCUUCGCUCAGAAAUGCUCGCGCUGCCUCUUUUGUUAAGCGACAGGUACCCGCCAAUGCUACGGGUGUCACGACCAUUACCUCGCCGCAGGGUGCACAGAUACGGUACAAGCAGCCCGGUAAGCAUGGCAUCUGCGAGACCACACCGGGUGUCGACGACUAUUCUGGAUACAUUAGCUUGAACGAAAAGACAAACAUGUUCUUCUGGUUCUUUGAAGCCCGCGAGAACCCCUCAGAGAAGCCGCUCACGUUAUGGCUCAACGGCGGACCGGGAUCUGACUCCUUGAUUGGUCUUUUCCAAGAGCAUGGACCUUGUAAUGUCACUGAAGACCUCAAGACUCAGCUGAAUCCGUACUCUUGGAACGAGCACAGCAACAUGCUAUAUCUAAGCCAGCCUGUUGGCGUAGGCUUCUCCUACGAGACUACAGAGGUGGACGAUAAGGGCAGAUACUCGCUCGUUGAUCCUGACAAGGCCAACACCACCGAAGCUGCAGCCAUCGGUGCCUGGCACAUCCUGCAGGCGUUCUUGGAGCUCUCGCCCCAGCUCGACGCCGACAUCAAGAACUUGACAUUCAACCUGUGGACUGAGAGUUACGGAGGACACUACGGCCCAGGCUUCUACAACUACUUCUACAAGCAGAAUGAGGCUAUUCGAAACGGCUCUACCAAGGGCGUUGAGUUGCACAUGGACACUCUUGGUAUCAUCAACGGUAUCAUCGACGAACAAAUCCAGGCACCGUACUAUCCCGAGUUCGCUGUCAACAACACCUAUGGCAUCAAGGCAAUCAACGACACGAUCUAUACCUUCAUGAAGCAGGCGUUUUACAUCCCAGGAGGCUGUAACGACCAGAUCGAGUACUGCAAACAGUCCGAUCGCAGCACCGAAGACGGUCAACUCACUUGCUCUCAAGCCAUGAACUUGUGCCGCUCCCUUGUAGAACAGCCCUUCUACGAAUUUGGUGGUCGCGGCGUCUACGACAUCCGCCAUGCUUACCACGACCCAACACCACCCGGCUACUUCGCGGACUUCCUGAAUCUCGCCUCUACUCAAGAAGCUCUCGGUGUCAACAUCAACUAUACCUCCACUAGCUCGUCUCAGGUCUUCUCGGGCUUUUCAUCCACCGGCGACUUUGUCUACUCCUUCAUCGACGACCUCUCUGAGAUCAUCGGCUACGGCGUACGCGUAGCACUGCUGUACGGCGAUGCGGACUACAUUUGCAACUGGUUUGGAGGCGAAGCUAUAUCCCUCGCUGUCAACCAUACCGACAAAGCCGCCUUCAACGCCGCCGGCUACACGCCGUUUUUGGUCGAUGGAGUCGAGUACGGCGAGGUGCGCGAGUACGGCAACUUCAGCUUCACUCGGAUCUACGAAGCGGGUCACGAAGUGCCAUACUACCAGCCUGUCGCCAGCCUGGAGCACUUCAAGCGUGUCCUGGACCACGUUAUCAUUGCAGAUGGCAGCAAGGUCGUGACGGACGAUUACAGCACGAACGGAACCGCCAAGGCUACGCACACAGAGCCUUACGUAGCGUUACCGCCCACGAGCACACCCAGCGCUAACGCGACUGCUGUAUGGAAGAAGAUGCAGCGCUACUGA